CAGGGUGUGUAAUAAACAAGGGCAUCUGAAACGUGUAUGUCCCCAAUUGACGAGUCAGAACUAUGUGGCACAAACAGACGACAUUGGAAGUGCAAUAGACAGUGAUGCAAGCGAUGAGUUCCAGAUAUUGUAAAGUCUUCGAGGACGGAUUGGGCUGUUUCACCGGUGGGCCAGUAAGCAUCCACGUGCGUGAGGGGGCGCGCCCUGUGUACAUGCGGGCGCGACCACUGGCGUACGCAAUGAGAGCACCGGUGGAGCGUGCCCUAGACCAGCUGGUGCAGGACGGCAUCCUCACGCCCGUCGACCGUUCUGACUGGGCAACACCAAUAGUACCUGUGGUAAAAAAAGACGGUAACAUCAGAAUCUGUGCUGAUUAUAAGCUUACUUUAAACAAGGUGUUGGAAAUUGACCGUUACCCUGUACCGCGAGUAGAGGACUUGCUGACACGUUUACAUGGGCGACGUACUCUUCGUAACCGGCUAGAUUUGUUACGCGGAGACUGUUCACUGAAAGACAGGGUUAACAAGGCAAAGCGAUGUCAAAUAGAAUACGCGGGGGGUGUUCAACGGGAACUACAUGCGGGGGAAACUGUAUGGGCUAGAAACUAUAGCAAGGGAGACAAGUGGGAAAAGGAGCUUACAGACACGGUCGAGGAGAAUCCUUAUAAGAAUAAAUUCCUAAAGGAAAAUGACGUAGAGGAUGUCGGGCCAACACCAGAGAAAAAUAUUUAUGAUAAACCGAUAUUAUUAGAGGAAGAUAAGAUCGGCAAGGAGAUUAAGGAACAGGUAACCCAAAGAAAGAUAAACGCUUUAGUUAGCAUAUCGCGACUAAUUUUACAGAAAACAAAAAGUAAUGCAAACGUAAAUAAACCUCAAAGGGAAGCCGCGGAAUCCAUUAAAGACGGCGACUCCGAACUGAAGAGUGAACACGUUGAAUUCCACAGGCUUGAUGCAGUGAAAGAAAAUGGCGAACUAAUAUCCCGUUUGGAGCAACACGCAACAGCCGACUCGGUGGACGGUGAGAAGCCUCGCGUGCAUGCGCAAGCGCAGCUGGACGUGCCUGCGGAGGGGGUGCAUCGGAUGUUAGUCCAGGACGGCUCUCAUGUCAGUGUACAAGAUGCUACGCCACCAACCACUGUUGCAAGCGAUGAGGCUACUACUAAGGUGUUCCACGGAGCCGCUCGUCUCGUCCAACCAGGCUCGGCGACGAGCUUCCCCAACAAACUUAAAAGGGGUCCCACGGGAAUGACUCCUAUCAAGGACUUUGAAUAUGUCGCUAUCCAGUUUCAUACAUUUCGUCACCAGAUGGAUCACUACGCCCAGUCGUACUCAGUUCAAUACACACCUAUGGACAUGGCGGAAUAUGUGUUCUGGACCGGAGAUGAGAGGGGCGUCACCACCGCCAUCGAGGACUACCUACAGGAGGGGCUGAUGACAAAAGAAGAAGCGAUUGCUUUCCUGCAAGAGAUCAAGUUCAACCUGGACUACCUGCGGGCUCAUUACACACAGAACCUGAAAGCGGCUGAGGAGAACGCACAGCAGGAGAAGCUGAGGAACAUGCUGAUGGAACAGGCUAGUGCCAAGGACUACCAAUACCGCGCGCCGAUGGUCCAGUCGUUUCCAUUCGGGAAUCCCGAGGUGGUCCACAACAUCGGCAGGAAUUGGGACAUGGGAAGCAACCUGGCUCCGAUCUCCGCUCUUCCAGUGAAUGACUUCAGGCCAGAGCCCGUGAAGAGGACCUACGACCCCAUGCUGCAGACCAACAUCAUUAGCACAUCAGACUAUGACCGCGACGGCCCCAUCAUCACUGAGGAAGAGUACGAAGAGAUGAUGGACAAACUGAAGGCGGCAGACACGCUUUACACCGAAUAUACACUCGAGGAAAUCAUUUACCAGCUCGCUAAGAUGAUGUUUUCCCAGUCGCUGUCGCGCGACCCGGCGUCGGCGCGCGCCGCCACGCAGCGGUUCAUGGCCUUCUUGGAACUGGAGGCUGAGAGGGGACAACUCUCGCGCACCAUUGAAAAGAAAGUGCUAGAUGUUAUGAUUGCGGCUUUAACCGACACAAUUGGCGACCACCCUGAACUCCUACAGGCUCACGAGACCGUCGGCGGCAACCCCGCUAACAGGCUAAUGCGUCAGUUCCUGGAGGCGAGCGCGUCGGAGCCGAGCAUGUCGCGCGCCAUCCUCGCCGCCUACAAGGACGAACUCCUCAAGGGACCUCCUCUGCACAAACUCUCCUUCCCCGAGAGAAACUAAACCGACCCAUCUAUUGAUAUAACUUCGUAGAUACGACAUAUUACUAUCAUUUAUAUUUUUGUCGUUUUCAGCAAAAUUGUUUUUAUUUACUUAGGCUCAAUGCACAAUUAGCGCGACGCCAAAAAAUUAUUGCCAACUUAAAAAAACCUUAUCCACCGCGCCUUGUGGUUUAUGAAAAGCAAUUAUUAUCGUACAAAAAUAAAAUAUUUUCUCUAUAUUUAAGAUAUGCUCAAACAUGCCGUAUCUGCGUUGUUAUUAGGUGUUUAAAUGAAGAAUAUUAAUAUACGUUAAUCGAGAUUUAAUUUAUUAAAAAGUACUAAAUUCGAUGUAUCUUAAUAUACACUCGUAGCAUCUACUGUAAUCAUCCUCCAUGACGUCACCGAUCAUAACCUAACCUAACCUUGGUCUAUGGUUACAAUAUUUUAAUUGCCAACAUAAAAAAUACUAAAUUACACAAAUAACCUACUCUACUUACCAUAUAAUUUAACAUUUCAACAUGUACGACUAAUGGCUAAAUCAAUUCACAAAAACAUCUAAUUCUUAGUUUAAAGAAAAUCAACAGUCUAUUAGAAUCAGGGCCCUUAUUCUCUAUGCCCCACGUUAUGCGUAACAAGCACUUAACACACCGCGUCGCGUUUUAGACAACAAAUUGGAAUAAAGAAUACCAUUCCAUAGUAAUUACACGAAGUUAACGCAACACGGGUUAAAAGUCACUGUCACAGAGAAUAAAGGGACAUGAAUAGGGCGUAACAUAACUCUACAUAUUCAAAACACUGGGUUAAGUGUAUACAUUUAUUUACCUUGUAGUAGCUUUACUUCAAUCGACCUUUGCUAGUUCGGCUGCAACCAACAUGUAGGCUUUUAAUGUUAUAGUAGUAAUAAGUACCUGUUAUCCGAAAAUCAUCUUUAUCCCCAUAUGUAAAUACAUUAUAUUUAUUCUAAUUACCCAAUGUUAUCCAAAUAUUUAAAUGUUAUGAUAAUAUCUGAUUUUGUAGCUUGGAGAUACAUUUUAAUUAUCCCUUAGCUUUUGUUAUCCAAGAAUAGAAUAAUAUGUAAGUACUAAAGUAAGAUAUAUUAAAAUAUACCUAACAUAUAAUUAGCUAGUCAAAUAUUUCUUCAUAUUUUUCUACCAAUUUCCGUAUAAACAUGCAGUUGUGUGAUGGUAACAUUGUCUUCCCUGAAUAAAAAUUAUUUAAAAAUGGCAACACUGAGUAAUAUACAACAUACAAAUAAAACAUGUAUGUAACACACAGAGUAAUAACUAAUACAUUAAUGCAUAUCAGAAAGAGUAACAUAUCUUCAAAACAAAACUAAAAACACUACAAGUAAACUACCAAUAUUUUUUUUUAUUUAUUCACCUGUAUUAUAGAAUUAUUUUUACAAAAUUUAUAACACCACACAACUGCAUGUUUUAUAAGUAAUUUUGACCUUUCAUAAACAUACCAAAGAAUCCUAGAAUCCCACGUAUUAUAAGAUAUUGUAUAAAUGAAUAGAUUAGAAUGAUGUCUUUCUAUUAGAAUCACAAAAUGUUUUUAUCUGUAAGACUUGAAAACAUUAUAUUCAGCAUUGUUGGAAAUGAUGCUAUGUUAGUGAUCAGCAAAAUUUAUUAUAUUUAUAUUAUUCUUUGAAAUAUAUUGUGGAUUUAAUAAAAAAUGUUUUAAUGUCA